AAGGAGGUUAAGCGCUUGCGCACUGCGAGCGCCGAGCCGGCGCUUCUGGGCCUGCUCUCUGUGCGCUCCCCCGCGCCGCCGGCCACUUGGAGCUCCUGCACUCCUGUUCCGGCUGGGAGCCGUCGUGGUGGAAGAGCUAGCUCGGCUGCUUUCUCUUUCGGAGGAGCGGGGACGCCCCCGGGGACAGCCCCCCCCCCCACCGCAGUCGUCUUGUACAGGUUGGAACUUAAUCUCCAGUCAGUGGCAUGGAUGUAUGAAGGCAACUCUGUAAUAAAUAUGUUCCAGCUUAAAGUGACACCAUCUUGAAUGUCCCUAAAUGCGUGAUACAUGAAGAGUAUCUUUCAACACUGAAGCUGGCAAUCAUUGAGAGGGCUAGCAACAUGUUGUGUUGGGGAAAUGCCUCUUUUGGACAGCUUGGAUUAGGAGGCAUUGAUGAAGAGGUGGUGCUAGAACCCAGAAGAUGUGACUUCUUCCUAAACAAAAAGGUUCAAGAUGUAGGCUGUGGACUAAGACAUACUGUAUUUGUUUUGGAUGAUGGGACUGUUUAUACAUGUGGAUGUAAUGAUUUAGGACAAUUAGGACAUGAAAAGUCCAGGAAAAGACCAGAGCAUGUUGGUGCCCUGGAUGCUCAAAACAUUGUAGCUGUUUCAUGUGGAGAAGCCCACACAUUAGCAUUAAAUGACAAGGGUCAAGUCUAUGCUUGGGGUUUUGCUGUAGAUGGACAGCUUGGCUUGCCAGGAACUGAGGAAUAUACCAGAGUACCCAGAAACAUUAAAAGCUUAUCAGAUAUCCAAAUAGCGCAGGUUGCCUGUGGCUACUAUCAUUCACUUGCACUCUCCAAAGGAAGUGAAGUUUUUUCUUGGGGACAGAACAAACAUGGUCAGCUAGGUUUAGGUUAUGAAUUUAAAAAGCAAACUUCCCCACAACUGAUAAAAUCUUUACUAGGAAUACCUUUUGCACAGAUUGCAGCAGGUGGUGCACAUAGCUUUGUACUUACACUUUCUGGAGCUGUAUUUGGGUGGGGACGCAAUAAAUUUGGUCAACUUGGUCUUAAUGAUGAAAAUGAUAGAUAUGUUCCUAAUCUUCUAAAGUCACUAAGGUCCCAGAAAAUUGUUUACAUCUCCUGUGGAGAAGAUCAUACAGCAGCUCUAACAAAGGAAGGAGGGGUGUUUACGUUUGGAGCUGGAGGCUAUGGGCAAUUAGGUCAUAACUCUACAGGCCAUGAGAUAAACCCAAGAAAAGUUUUUGAACUUAUGGGGAGCAUAGUCACGCAAAUUGCUUGCGGAAGGCAGCACACAUCUGCAUUUGUUCCUUCAACUGGAAGAAUUUAUUCUUUUGGUCUUGGAGGUAAUGGGCAGUUAGGCACAGGAUCAACCAGUAACAGGAAAAGUCCUUUCCCAGUGAAAGGAAAUUGGCUUCCUUAUGGUGGCCAGAUCCCACCAGAUUCAGAUGGUGGAGAAUAUUACUGUGUAAAGAGGAUUUUCUCCGGUGGAGACCAAAGCUUUUCACAUUACUUUACUCCAAGGGAUUUAGUACCAGCAGAUGACUUCAGAUGCCCUAAUGCUGCAAAGCAAAUUUGGACAGUGAAUGAAGGCUUCAUUCAGAGACUGCUGAACUGCUCAUCUUCAGGAUCAGGAAGGCUUCCUGUGGAGACAGCAAAUGAAAUAGAUGGAACAUUUUCCUCAGCUGGCUGCCUAAAUGGAAGCUUUUUAGCUAUCAGCAACGAUGAUCACUACAGAACUAGUGCCAGAUUCUCAGGGAUUGAUAUGAAUGCUGCUCGACUUCUCUUUCAUAAACUUAUACAGCCAGAGCACCCUCAUAUAUCUCAACAGGUGGCAGCUAGUCUAGAGAAGAAUCUUAUUCCUAAACUGACCAGUUCCUUGCCUGAUGUUGAAGCCCUAAGACUAUUUCUAACCCUACCAGAAUGUCCAUUAAUGAGCGAUGCAAACAAUUACAUGACACUAGCUAUUCCAUUUGCAACUGCCAUUGUAAAUCUAGAAAAAGCACCACUGAAAGUACUUGAAAACUGGUGGUCGGUACUGGAACCUCCAUUGUUCCUCAAAAUAGUGGAGCUUUACAAGGAUGUUGUGGUCCACCUUUUGAAACUGUACAAGAUGGGCAUCCCUCCUUCAGAGCAAAGAAUCUUCACUAGUUGUCUACACACUGCUCUCAAAGUUUUGGAAGUUUUGCAUAGGGUAAAUGAAAGAAGUGGGCAAAUCAUACAGUACGAUAAAUUUUAUAUACAUGAGAUCCAAGAUUUGAUAGACAUAAGAAAUGACUACUUCAACUGGAUUCAGCAACAGGCAUAUGGAAUGGAUAUCAGCCAUGGAUUAAAUGAGCUAGCCGAUCUGCCAGUUACAAUUUGUACCUAUCCCUUUGUAUUUGAUGCACAGGCAAAGACAACACUUUUACAAACAGAUGCAGUUUUACAGAUGCAGAUGGCUGUUGACCAGGCUCACAGACAGAAUUUCUCAUCUAUUUUUCUCCCAGUAUUUGAAUCUGUCAAUCCAUGUCUGAUAUUAAUAGUGCGUAGAGAGAAUAUUGUGGGGGAUGCCAUGGAAGUCCUAAGAAAAACAAAAAAUGUAGAUUACAAGAAGCCUCUCAAGGUUAUUUUUGUAGGGGAAGAAGCUGUUGAUGCAGGUGGAGUUCGCAAAGAAUUUUUCUUACUUAUCAUGAGAGAAUUGUUAGAUCCCAAGUAUGGAAUGUUUAGGUAUAAUGAAGAAUCCAGGCUCAUCUGGUUCUCAGAUAAGACCUUUGAAGACAGUGACUUGUUUCAUCUGAUUGGUGUUGUCUGUGGGCUAGCAAUAUAUAAUUUUACUAUUGUAGACCUUCACUUCCCCUUGGCUUUAUACAAGAAGCUCCUGACCAAGAAACCUUCCCUAGAAGACCUGAAAGAGUUAAUGCCUGAUGUUGGCAGGAGUAUGCAGCAAUUACUGGACUAUCCAGAAGAUGAUAUAGAAGAUACCUUCUGCCUCAACUUUACAAUCACUGUUGAAAACUUUGGUACGACAGAAGUUAAAGAGCUGAUUCCCAAUGGUGCUGAUAUUCCUGUUGUCAAACAGAACAGGCAAGAGUUUGUGGAUGCCUAUGUGGACUACAUCUUCAAUAAAUCCGUGGCUUCUCUCUAUGAUGCAUUCCAUGCAGGCUUUCAUAAGGUGUGUGGAGGUAAAGUUCUUCAGCUCUUUCAGCCCAAUGAGCUGCAGGCGAUGGUGAUUGGGAACACAAACUAUGAUUGGAAAGAACUAGAGAAGAAUACGGAAUACAAAGGAGAAUAUUGGGCAGAACAUCCAACAAUUAAAAUUUUCUGGGAAGUUUUCCAUGAAUUACCACUGGAAAAGAAGAAACAGUUCUUGUUAUUUUUGACAGGUAGUGAUCGUAUUCCUAUUCUUGGGAUGAAGAGUCUUAGCCUUGUUAUCCAGCCAACAGGAGGUGGAGAUGAGUAUCUUCCAGUAUCUCACACGUGUUUUAAUCUUCUUGAUCUUCCAAAAUACACAGAUAAGGAAAUGCUCAAGUCUAAGCUGAUCCAGGCUAUUGAUCACUAUGAAGGCUUCAAUUUAGUAUAAUUUGUAGAAAACUGAGAAUACUGCAACUGUUUAAUGUGGGAACAUUAAACUAAUUUCUGCAUCUACCUUGUAGUAGCACGUGCGGUUAAAUGGCUGACAAUGCUGAUGAUAUAAGAAGUUGUUUGUAAACAUGUUUAAUGAUCUGAUUCCUUAUGGCAGCCAAAACUCUACACAAAUGAGCUGUCUUAGCGAACUUCUGGAGCUACAUUUGCCAUCUUAACAAUAAAAUGCAACUUUGGAAUAAGAACUAAAGUUUCACUAACAAUUUUAGUACUUCACAUAUUGCAAAACAACUUGCUGUGUGUGUGAAAGAUGUGCUUCACUUUUUUCCAAUCACUGCAACUAAAUCACAUUUAGAUUUUUCAUUUUGUAAAUAAAAGUUUUGGGGGGACUUUUUGGGUAAUAAAAUAGCUAUGCUCCAAAAGCAGUAGAGUUUCUAUUGUUUGUAAUUGAACUGGGGCUUAUCUCAUGAAAACAAACAAAAGAUUAUAUCUUAGCGAAUGAGUUGAAGAUCUGUAUCUCUGGUUUCUUGUGACCAUCUAAUGUUGAAAACCACAACACUAGAAAUAGUUUGUAUAGCAGUCCUUUUAUGCUGGAACAGUUAUAGCUUCUGUUAACAUAAAGAUUAUCAAGAUGACAUUGUAAUUUUUCUGAUAAUCUCGGAUAUAUAGAGGAAUUAUUAAUAGAUUAAAAAUUAUGAAAGCAUCCAUUUUUAAUGCUGGAGUUCAACGCUUGAAAACUGUGUCAUUAGAAUAAUCUAGGAGCACUUGGUACCUCUGUCCAACAUUGUUGGCCAACCCUCCACUUUUUGCCUUUAUCUUCAGCAGUGCAGAGAUUUCAUCCCUUUUUCUCAUUCUCAGAUGCUGGAAGAACAGUUUUCGAGUUCUGGUUGAAUUUUCACUUUUUUCAAAUAAUUUUAAAAUGCCCUCUUUUUAAAAGACUUUUUUUGGACUUCAAUAGAACUUCUUGUGAGAUGAUCACAUCAAAUCGAACAUAUGGAUUGACUGGGGGGUGGGGGGGUGGGGCUGUCUUAAGUUCCUGAAUGUUUACAUGUUCUUGAUAGUCUGUGACUUGCAGCUGUGAAACAAAUAUUUAUUUUUUUUAGAUUUAUAAACUGCAGUGGAAACAAAGCAUAAAAUAAAAAUUCUUGAAUGAAAGUGUUGGAUUAUGUA